UGCAGGCGGUCCGCGAGGUCAUGACGUCGCUCUGGCCCUUCCUGGAGCGGCAUCCGGAGUACUGCGAGGACGCGCUGCUGGAGCGCCUGGUGGAGCCCGAGCGUGUCGUCCAGUUCCGCGUCUCGUGGGUGGACGACAAGGGCGAGGUGCGGGUGAACCGGGCGUGGCGCGUGCAGUUCAACUCCUGCAUCGGCCCCUACAAGGGCGGCAUGCGGUUCCACCCCUCCGUGAACCUGUCGAUUCUCAAGUUCCUGGGCUUCGAGCAGACCUUCAAAAACGCCCUGACGACGCUCCCCAUGGGCGGCGGCAAGGGCGGCUCGGACUUCGACCCCAAGGGGAAGAGCGAGCGUGAGGUGAUGCGGUUUUGCCAGGCCCUGGCGACGGAGCUGUUCCGCCACAUUGGCGCCGACACGGACGUUCCCGCCGGCGACAUCGGCGUCGGCGGCCGCGAGGUGGGCUACAUGGCGGGCAUGACGCAGAAGCUGACGAACUGCAAGGCCUGCACCUUCACGGGGAAGGGCAUUGCGUUCCAAGGGAGCCUGAUGCGCCCCGAGGCCACGGGCUACGGCGUUGUCUACUUCCUGGAGGCCGUCCUGAAGCGGCACCAGCAGGAGCUGCAGGGGAAGACGGUGCUCGUGUCGGGGGCCGGCAAUGUGGCGCAGUACGCCAUCGCGAAGUGCCUCCAGCUGGGGGCGAAGGUGAUCAGCGUCUCGGACUCGCGCGGCUGCGCGCACGACGCGGCGGGCUUCACUCCGGAGAAGCUGAGGACCCUGAUGGACAUCAAGGGCGCGAGGCACGGCACCGUGGAGGAGUACGCGAAACAGGUGGGCGCAGAGUACCACGCGGGGAAGCGGCCGUGGCACCUGAAGGCGGAUAUUGCGCUGCCGUGCGCGACGCAGAACGAGCUGGAGCUUGAGGACGCAAAGAACCUGAUCCGGAACGGCGUUCUCGCCGUGGUGGAGGGCGCAAAC